AUGAAAGCAGCCGCCAGACUUCCCCUGACGGAUGAGUGCCACCACUAUGAAUCCAAGGCCGAAGUGCCCUGGGACCUCCAAAAAUACUUCUCUCAGCGCCGCUCCAUCUUCUCCUGGUAUGACGACGGCGUCUACCUCACCAACGAUGCCUGGUUCGGCGUGACCCCUGAACCCGUCGCCAACGCCGUCGCAAACGACAUGUCCUACACGGACCCCUCCAAGCGCUUCCUCGUCGACAUCUUCGGUGGCGCCGGCGGCAACACCAUCGCCUUCGCCGCCUCCGGCCGCUGGGACCGCGUCAUCUCCAUCGAGCGCGACGCCGCCACCCUCGCCUGCGCCCAGCACAACGCAGAGCUCUACGAGGUCGCAGACUACAUCACCUGGGUCCAUGGCGACUGCUUCGAGUUCCUCGACAAGCUCAAGACGGAUCCAGCAGGCGCGUUGGCUGAGGAGCUGCGCGUGCCCCUCGAGGAGACGGUCGUCUUCGCGAGCCCGCCGUGGGGCGGGCCGGGUUACCGCAGCGCAGAGGUGUUUGACCUGAGCAAGAUGGAGCCGUAUAACCUGGAGCAGCUGCACGAGGCGUGCAUGCCGAUGGACCAUGCGCUGUUCCUCCCGCGGACGAGUGACUUGAGGCAGAUUGCGAAGCUGACUCCGGACGGGGAAAAGCUGGAGGUAGUGCAGUAUUGUAUGGAGGGCGCAAGCAAAGCGAUGGUGGCGUACAUACCAGGGGCGUUCAAGCCGCCAAGUCAAUCGUGGAAAAUUUGA